AUGGAUGUUGAUGACUGUAAUGGCCGGUUCAACACAUCAGCUAGUGGAGACUCUUCCAUGGAAAGAGAGUUCUCUGGGGCACUUGGAGGUCCAACAGUGAGCACUCCAAAUAGCAAAGAAAACUCUCCAAGUCGCUCCCUUAGUGCUAACUGCAUUAAAGUGGAGUUGUACAGUGAUGAAGACCAAGGUCGCAGUACUGAGGAUGAAAAAGGGGAGAGGGCAGAAGAAGGGGAUACAGGACAGGGUCCUGAAUCUAUUGGAGGCUAUAGGGAACUUGCCAAUCCUGAAACCAUCCCAACCGGAGCCACCAGACUGCCAAAUGGAAAGCUUAAGUGUGACAUCUGUGGAAUGAUCUGCAUUGGACCUAAUGUUCUCAUGGUGCACAAACGCAGCCAUACAGGUGAACGGCCAUUUCAGUGCAAUCAGUGUGGAGCCUCAUUUACCCAAAAGGGUAAUCUACUCCGUCACAUCAAGCUGCACUCGGGGGAGAAGCCUUUUAAAUGUCCCUUCUGCAGCUAUGCCUGCCGGAGACGAGAUGCCCUUACUGGCCACCUUCGCACUCAUGCAGUUUCCUCUCCAACUGUGGGGAAGCCAUAUAAAUGCAGUUACUGUGGCCGUAGUUACAAGCAGCAGAGCACCUUGGAGGAGCACCAUGAGCGCUGCCACAGCUACUUACAAAGUCUGGAGUCACAACAACCAAACAGUGCACAGAAUCCAGGAGAGGAGAUGAGAGAACUAGAGUUUAUACCAGACUCUCUACUACAGCCCUCCUCAGACAAGAUGGCAUUUAUUGAUCGGCUCGCCAACAGCAUCACCAAACGCAAGAGAUCCACACCACAAAAAUUUGUAGGGCAGAAGCACAUCCGCCUCACCUUGGCAGAUGAACCUUAUGAGACUGCAGGCUUGGAUAAAGAUGGGGACAUGCAUGCAGGGGACCUUGAGGGCCCACACUUUACUGGGUUCGGAGGAGAAUAUGCAGGUAUAUCAGGUAAUGGAGGAGGAGGAGGACUAUCAGACACAGUAAAGACCCUACAUCUUCCCAACACUCACCUUCCAUCUGUAUCAGAACUCAGGCCGACCCACAACUCCACCCACACUUCCAUCACUCUUGGCCCAAGGUUGGAUUGCACAGGGACGGGUGGUGGGCUUGGAACUGUGCUAGUAGGGGGACGGGAGGCAGCUGAGGGUCACGAAGACCUCCCUGCUAGUCGAAAUCAUGCCCCAUCACCUAGCAAUGGCUGCCAGGACUCUACAGACACUGAGAGUAUGCCGGAUGAGCCGUGCAACAGCACUGCUCCCAUUCCCACCUUGCACAGUAACAAUGGACACCCCCUCCUCCUUUCCAGUAACCACAUCCCAAGACCUCCUCCCAUUUUAAACCAUAGGAACAGGGACAGAAUCAGCCCUAGCCAUGCCAAAGACCGGGAGGUGGACAGAGAAGAUUUAGGGCUCUCAGCCCUCCCGCCUCCCGCUGUGGCUCCAACCCCCAGCUCACCUACAGCUCCCUCCUCCACCUCCAGGGAGGCUCUCCGGGUUGUAGAUGGAGAGGGCCGAGCCGUGCGCUCUUUUCGUUGUGAGCACUGCCGGUUGCUUUUCUUGGACCACGUCAUGUUUACCAUCCACAUGGGCUGCCACGGUUUUCGACAGCCUUUUGAGUGCAACAUCUGUGGUCACCGCAGCCAGGACCGCUAUGAGUUUUCUUCCCAUAUUGUCCGUGGAGAGCACAUCUUUGAUUGA